CGCUGCGUGGGGGAGCGAUGGGAAGGUACUGGGCAGGGGCUGAGGUAGGAAGGAGCCCACCUGUCGACGCCUCCCGCCACUUUAGCCCCUGAGCCGUGAUGCAAGCGUGGGCCCUUCUCUCUGCGGUGCUCUGGUACCUCACAGGAGUUGGAUGCCAGCGUUCAUCCUUACUCAAUAAGAAAGGCUUCGUUUUUGGCAAGAUAGGACACCCAGUGAAAAUAUAUGUAAAAUUACAUCAAAAUAGCCCAGUCCUUAUCUGUAUGGAUUUGAAUCGUGCUAAUACAGAAACAGUGGAUCCCACCUACUUAUGGAUUGGGCCAAAGGAAAAGACAUUAACAGACAAUAGUCGAAUAAGUAUAACAGAAACGGGAAAGCUAAUGGUGAGAGAUUUUCUGGAGCCUUUGUCUGGACUUUAUUCAUGUACUCUUUCUUAUAAGACUGUCAAAGCAGAAAUCCAAGAAGAAACUACAAUAAAGAGGAGAUAUGAAUUUAUGAUCUUUGCCUAUCGGGAACCUGAUUAUUCAUAUCAGAUGGCUGUACGUUUUACUACAAAGUCCUGUGUAGGAAGAUAUAAUGACCUGCUCUUUAGAGUGCUGAGGAAAAUCUUGGAUAAUUUGAUCUCUGAUUUGUUGUGCCAUGUUGUAGAACCAUCAUAUAAAUGCCAUUUUGUUAAAAUUCCAGAACAUAGCCUUUUACAUGAGCUGUUCAUAGCUUUUCGAGUUGAUCCUUUUGCUCCAGGGUGGGAAAGUGCAUGCAAUGAUAGUGUUGACUGUGAAGAUAUCACUAAUCGUAAUAUCCUCAAGGCAAGAGACAGAAUAGAAGAAUUUUUUCGGAGCCAAGCGUAUACGUUCUAUCAUCGCCUUAAUAACACUGUACCAGCUAUGCAUUUUGUGGACCACAGUUUUCAAGUAGUACGUAUGGAUAGCUGUCGACCAGGCUUUGGAAAAGAUGAAGGUCUACACAGCAAUUGUGCUAGUUGUUGUGUGGUUUGUAGCCCUGGGACUUUCAGUCCUGAUGUUGAUGUUUCUUGUCAGAUAUGUGCUUCUACCCAGGUAUAUGGAGCUAAGUCUUGCCCAGAAACUUCAAACAAAAACCAGCCAGGCGAUGACUAGAGGUGGAAGCUUUGUUACUUGCUUGCAGAAGUAGGGGACAUAAGAUGAUUUGUUCACAUCACAGAGCAUCAUAGAUAGCUCUAUGAAAUAAGAUCAGUAAGACCAAAACAUUGGAUAACAUACAUUGUAGAAACAAAAAAAAUAAUAAUUGGCAUGGCAUUUCUAAGAAAUCAUUUAAUCCAGUAUCUCCAGUGUACAAAGGACAGUUCAAGUAUUAGUGGAUGAUUUUUAAUGAAAUACGUUUUGUUGUUUACAAACAAUCUGUUGCUCUGUACCUAAGAAUAUAUUGAGGUCAAGAAGAGUAGCAAAGUAUAACAUAAUAAAAUUUUUAUAUUGUCUUUA